AUGGUUGGUUUCUUUGAACUCCCAGGCGAUGCUGAUGAGGAAGAUGACGCUGCGGAACGGCACGAGUGUGUUGCGUGCAAUAAGGUCUUCAAAGCAGCCAAACAGCUGGCGAAUCACGAGCGGUCAAAGAAGCACAAACAGAAGGUGGAGCAGUUGAAGCGCGAUCUGCUGGCGGAAGACGAUGCUGCGGCGGAGAUGGAUGUGGCUGUCGGGGACGAUGAGCGCGGGCUGGGUGGCCUGAACACAGACGACGUGGACGGUGAUGAUGAUUUCUUGGAUGAACUUGAGCAGCUGAGCUUGCGGGCCUUCUUGGACGAGGAGGAAGAAGAAGCAGAGGAGGAAGAAGAGGAAGACCAAAGCGAGCAGGAGGAUGAGGAGGAAGAACAGGAAGAAGAGCAGGAGGAAGAGCAGGAAGAAGAGGAAGAGGAGGAGGAUGAGGAUGAGGAUGAGGAUGAGGAGGAUGCAGUCAGAAUGGAGGUGCAGUAUGCUCGGGCAUCUGAAAGCGACGGCGAAGGUGAGGGCGAUGAGAACGUAGCUGAGGGUGCGACGGAAGCUGCUGAACCAUCCGAUGGCCAGCCAUCUUCGUCCCGACGCCGGCGUCGCCGUCGCAAAGACAAGAGCAAACAACCAGCCGUCAAGCCUACACAGCCAAAGGACACAGAGGGAUUGGCUUGCAACGUGUGCGGCCAAGGGUUUUCGAGCAGAAACAAGCUUUUCCAACACAUCAACACCACCGGGCACGCGCUCCACCCGAAGUACGCCAAGCAGCAGCAGCAGCAGCAGCAGCAGCAGCAGCAGCAGCAGCAGCAGCAGCAGCAGCAGCCGCCGGCGGAGAAAGCACGAGAAGAGGAGUCAGCAGAAGCGCCCCAAUCGUCGCGUGUGCAACAGAGGCGGCAGCGCGGCAGGAAGCAGGGCGGGCUGCUCCCAGGGAAUGACAUCAACGCCCAGGAUGACGACGAUGAUGACGAUCCGUGGGCUGAUGGUCCGCGCGGGAAGCGCGGGCGGAGAAAGCGCAAGGGCAGGCGCUGA